GGAAAAGGUUGAGAAAUGUGAACUUGCCCUUUAUAAUGCUGUUAUCAACAGUCUAUCUCUUGCUGAAAGGGAGGGCAUGAAAACUAUUGCAGUGCCAGCAAUAAGUUCAGGCAUAUUUGGUUGUCCAGCAGAGUUAUGCUGUGUUCAAUAUGGAAAGGCUAUCCUUCAUUACAGCCAGUUGUCAAAAGAUCCAUUGAGAGAAAUACAUUUUGUUGACAAAAACUUGAACAUAAUUUCGAAUAUACAAGAAGCAUUUGCAACUAUGAUACCAGGAGAGAGAAGUGUUUACAAGCCAGCGGAUGCUAGAAAGCAGACAGCUAGAGACCAAAACAGAAGAAAAGAUAAAGGUGCUCAAGAUGGACAGAAGCAUAAGACUUUAGAUAUUGAAACUGCUAGAUCUGAAAUAAAAAAAAAGGGUUACCCUCAAAGUUUGAACAGUAAUGAUAGCAGUCAUAGAGAAAAACCACUUCCACAAGGAUAUCCCUAUAUUAAUUUUGAAAAGCCUCCUGGACAUUUCCAAGAGUCUUUUGCUUGCCAUCUUGGUCAAGGACAGGUGGUUUAUGUAUACUCAACAAAUUUAUUAACUUUGCAAAAGAUUGAGAUGAUUGCAUGUGGGGAUGUCCCCAAAGGGAACGGACAUGGCGCUGUCACAAAAAAGCUGAUUGAAAUGGGAGGGAAAGAGUAUAAGAAAGCUAAAGAGAAUGCUUUCAGAUCAAAAUUUGUUACCAAUGGAAGUGUGGUUAUCUGUAAUGGUGGUAACAACAACUUCAAAUUUGUUGCUCAUGCAAUUUUGACUCCAUGGAAAAAGUCAGAUACAGAGAAGGAGAGAAGGAAAGCUGUAACCUCAAUAUUUACAGAGAUAUUUGAUGGGAUGAAGCAGUGCAAAUGCCAUUCAUUAGCUUUACCUCUUUUAGGCACAG